GGCGGACUCUAAAAACACAGAAGGGGGAAAUAUGGCGUCACUGGUAGGUCGUCUCUCUCGGGCUGCUUUCAUUAGAAAUGCAGCAACAUUGAGCCGUAACGCUGGCUCAAAAUCUGUAAAUGGGACAGGGCCGACCCUCAGCCGAACUGUCGUGUCUUCCACAUCUGGGGCAAUCCUUCCCAAACCAGAUAAGGUUCCGUUCGGUAUGAUUCGCAUGACGAUAGUGACAGUUCCGUUCUUGUAUCUCGGGACUCUGAUCAGCAAGAAUUUUGCGGCUCUGCUGGAGGAACACGACAUCUUCGUCCCAGAUGACGACGAUGAUGAUGAUUGAGAUAAGUGCAUGCUUCAGUCCAGCUGCAUGAAGACCCGAGACUUGCAGCAUUGAUGUAGACGUCAAGAACCGUUUAUGCAACCAUGAAGAUCAUCAACGUGUUCUUGUGUUUACAUUCCUGCAUUACACUAACGCUGUUCAUAAGCCAAAGUUGAAUGUUAUUUUAUUACUUUUAAACAUUGUCAAAUACUGUCACAUAAGACAAUAUUAUUUGGGGCUGUCAUCACGUUACGAGCCUCUCUGCUAUUUAAUAAAAUAUCUAAACGUGA